AUGAGAGACACCAGUUUUGAAGAGGGCUUCUUUAAUAAAGCAUCCGUUGGCGAGAAGUCUCCACAAAUUUCAAUUUAUAAUACAAACGUAGUAUGGAACAAAGUGUGUGCUAUGUUUUUGAGCUUGACGAAACACGCUUCAGAACAAUUUAACGCAACACUGCCGCUCCUUGAACUCACAACGGCAAACACGCACAUAGAGCAAAUAUGGCAACAAAUAGAGCUCCAGAUUUUAAGUAUAUUAAAUCUUAUUAAACCUAACCUAAAACUGAGCAGUUCAAUAACACAAAAUUUUGGAAGAACUGAAAGUGUAGCAUGGAAGCAGAGAAUGAGGAACGAUUCUACAAUUGGACGAAAGCUUCAUGAUCCGGUUUUUCCGAGUGCAGAAGUCCCACGAAUCAACCAUAAUGAGCACCUUGUUCCAGGAAAUAUUUUGGCUGUAGAGAAAGCGCUGGUUAAGAAGCAGUUUCUUAGUCAGUUUACAGGAGAAGAAAAUAAGGUUCAUAAAUCAAUAAAAUCUCCAAUAGCAGUGUUGUCCUCUUUUCAGCUCGUACAAGAAAGACUAUCGAAGGAAAUCGAUAAGCUUGAAACUCGUGCGACAACUAAAGAAUCUUGGUCUUUUGUCGGGGAAGCCUCUGGAAAACAGCGUCCUUUGAAUAGUGCAUUGGAAAGCGAUCUCGAAUUUAAUCAAGUCUCGCAACCGCGCCCUAAUAUCAGUAUUGAAGCGACGCAUACAUUAGAGAAUUUGAUUAAGCAACGAAUAUUAUUGAACAAAUGGGAUGACGUAGAAGCUACCGAUGUCAUCCAAAUAAGUACGAAGAAUAAUACUCAGUUGAGCGAUGCCAAAGCAAAGGUAGGACUUGGAGAAAUAUAUGCAAAAUCGUACAUGAAUCAAAGGUCAAACAAAAAUGAAGAAGUGCUAAACACAGCUGACUCGAAAGAUGACGACCUAAUAUGCUCUGCUCGCAAUUUAUUUGACAAUGUCUUUCUUAAGUUGACUUCUCUAACAGAUUUAUCUAUGAAUACUGAGAAGAGGUCUGAUCAAAUACUCUCUGAGAGAAAAAGUUCAAAUAGUCAUACAACCAAGAGGACACCGGAAGAAAUUUUUAUGGUGCGGGAUAAUCGGAAGCAGCCAAUGAAGAAAAGGUCCAAAUUGGAGAAAAUUCCUUUGCCAAAGUUGGCGCAAGUUGACAGUAUUCAUCCAGAAAGAGCACAAACAGUAAAAAUUUCUGCAGAAAGUGCGAACUUAAAUCAAAACUAUGAUAGUAAGAAAAGCAAACAUUCUAUUUUUGAUAAAUCAAGCAAGGUUUUUAACUCACUGGAAAUGUUGAAAACGAGUGUGUCACAUAAGCAGAAGGCUCUUGAUUCACAAAGGAAUGUGAACAGAAAAAAAUUGUAG